AUGACACAUAAUCCGAGAAACGAAGAAAGUAUUGUCACAGCUUGGACGCCGGAUUUAUUUGGUCCUGUUUUUAAGAAAAAGAGUUUGACAGUAAAACAGGCCUUGCAUUUGCGUAAUGUAGACGAGCAGAUUCAUCGUAUGGCGACUUUCGUUCCCGAUGAGAUAAUAUACGAAGACUUGUCAGAGAAAAGUUUACGAAGUUUCCGAGCUGUUUUUAUGUUUUUAAACAUUUCAGGUCUCUCGACACUAUUUAAAAAUUUUAUUCAUGAUAAAAACGGAGGAUGUUUGGCUUUAACUAGAACGUUAAAUGAUUAUAUUCAUAUUGUGGUUCGUGAAGUAUACUGCAGCGAAGGAGACAUACUAAAAUUUUCUGCUGAAGGGAUAUUAACAGCAUGGAAAGUACACGAUGGCAAAUUCAUAUAUGAUGUUGUGCAAAAUGUAAUAGCAAGCGCGAUAAAUAUACAAAAUUCUAUAGCAAUCUUAAAAGAUGGCAACGGUAUUUAUAAAGUAAACGUGGCUAUCUCUGCCGGGGAUGUAAAGUUCUCGGUGAUUGGUGACGAUGAAGCUCGGCAUUUUGUGAUGUGUGGUGUGCCGAUCGAAGAGCUAAAAAAUGCGAAAAAGGUUUCUCUGCCGAAUGACUUGGUACUAUCACUUAGCGCAUGGCAGCAUUGUCAGCCAAGUCAAUAUGAAUACGUCAUCAAGAAUCCGUAUAAUGUAAAGAUAAUAAGAACGUUAAAGCAAUCAGACAUAAAAUCAACUUACAUGACACCGAUAUCGCCGAAUAAUCACGUCAAUCCAAGCUAUGAACCAUCCAUGGAUGAAAAAUUUAUAAUAAAUUCCGUCAGACCAUUAUCACCUUACAGGAUACACUUGAUAUCUAUUAACGAAGAAUCUGAGACAGAAAUUGCUAAUAAUAAAGAGAAAACUUCGACAGCGAUCACGACGAUAGCAGCAACAAAUCCGAAUUUUAGCAUACAUUUAAAAAGUUAUUUGAUAAAGCCAGUGAUCCAACAGAUCGAAAAAGGUGAAUCAUUAAGAUUCUUGGCGGAGAUUAGACGAAUUACAGUAAUAUCUAUUGAUAUUAUUCCCAAUGAAUGUUCAGACAACGAAUUAAUUCUUUUGAUCGACAAAUGUUUUCUACUUUUGCAUAGUAUAGUUACGCCAUACGGGGGCUGUAUUAACACAAUGGAUCUGUAUCAGAAGCAUAUUUUCUUUUGCAUUGUUUUUGGUAUACGUGGAUACAACAACGAGAACCAAUUUAAAAUCGAUGAAACUUGUAAAAAUGGAAUUACUUGUGCCACACACAUAUUGCAAACAGUGAAAACUAUCGUAGGAGUUCAAAGCGUUUUUAUCGGCGUGUCAACAGGAAUAGCUUAUUGUGGCGUGAUCGGGCAUAUCGCUAGAAGAUAUUACGCAAUUAUUGGACCACCUGUCGAUAAAGCUAUAAGAAUAAUGGAUAUUUCCUAUAAUAGAGUUUCCUGUGAUUAUGACACCGUGUUGCAUAGUCAUUUUAGAAAAGAUCAAUUUCGUUCUCGAGGCAUAAAAACGUUUGAACAAUUGGAAAAAUAUCACAUUUUUGAAUAUCUCUGUGAUGUACCAAAACAGAAAGACGUAGCUUUGGAAUAUGGUUAUCCUAUUUUGGGCAGACUGCAAGAGUUGGAACACUUCAAUGAUAUCCUGGACGAUAUUGGAGUCGCAGAUAGGAAAUAUUCAGGAUUGUUGAUCGAGGGAAUCGAGAGGUCAGGAAAAUCUAGACUUUUAGAUGCUUUCGUCACUAGUGUUUGUAACAGACAAAUAAGACCAAUCAAACUUUCUCUUCAUGCGACAUACGCGGAGAAGUCUUAUUCAGUUAUAUAUCAUAUUAUUUUGCAGAUACUUGAAGCUGAAGAUUGCGAGACUGUUGAGGAACGUGAAAAGGAGUUACUUAAUAAAUUGGGCGACGUUCUCGCCUUGGAAGAUUUUUGCUAUCUAAAUAUUUUAAUGAGAGUACGUUUUCCUCUUUCCGAUUCUUAUUGCUCGGAUACCGAUUCGCAACGUCAUACGAAGACUAUCAAUAUCUUCAAAACAAUAUUAAAGCAGUUGAAGAUUAAAAUCUGCAUUUUGCUUGAUGACAUUCAAUACCUUGAUCACAGAUCCUGGCAAUUUUUAUCAUCGGCUCUUGAUAACUAUAAUAUCGUCAUAGCGAUGACGAUACUGAAGCAUCACUCUUGGGAUGACUUGUCCCAUGUGGAAGCAGAGAUCUACAAAGAUAAAAGGCUAACGAAUUAUAAUUUGCUCGGUCUGAAUGUAGAUCUGCUCCCGGUAUUUGCGUGUCAAUUUCUGAAUGUCCUUGCAAUACCCAAAAAAUUAAGCAGGAUUUUGCAAAGAUGCCAGGAUGGUCAUCUCGGGUGGUGCGAGGCAUUGCUGACGUCGAUCCUUCAAAGUAAUAGUCUGAAUUUCGUUAAGAUAUCACCCAGCGAAGCGUUACAACGGGAUCUUGUUUUUCCAAAUGGCAUUCUGGUGACAAAGCUACCAAUCGAUCUGACACCAGAGGAAUUGGCGCCACCUUUAUCCUGGUUGCAAAUGAGUCUUUUAGAUGUCUGUGUCAUAAACGAGAAUUUCUUUAAGAUUACCAACAUAAAUCGCGACAUAACAGAAUUAAGAAGCGAGAUCUACGAUAGAAUGAAUUCUUAUGAGCAAGAUUUCAUUAAAUGCGCUGCCACGUUGGGCAAAGUGUUUAAACGAAGCAUGGUAGAAAAUGUAAUGUUGAAUACGAUCCCACUGCACACCAUUAAAACCGUUUCCGAAAUGAUUCGAAUACGGAUAUUAGAAUGUGCUUCUCUGCAGCGACGGGAUUUCUAUGCUCAGGAUCUUAUCUUUUGUAUAGAUAAAAAACGGCAAACGUUCUCCAAUAUGCACCACUCGUUAGCCUGCAAUUGUCAUUAUUCACGACCUGUCAUUAGCCGUCAUCUCUCUCCUCUUUAUGGUAAUUGUAAAAUGUUAGAGUUCAAAGUCAGUGCAUUUCACAAGAUGAUGUAUAACAUACAAACAGAUGAAGAAAAGCAAGAGUAUCAUACGAGAGCAGCUAGAAUAUGUGAAUUGGCCGCUCGAAAAUGUAAUUCUUGCGGUAGCGGUCGUUUUCUGAGAAUUCUCAGCGAAGAUGUAUUCAAAGAAUUGAAGGAGGGAGACAUAUCUUUGAAACCCAAAGUUUCGUUCGUCCGUCGUCGAACAUUUGUCCAAGAUAAGUGGACGAAACCGUCAAUCCUUCCAGAACCGACGAUACUUGCGACACAAACAAUUUCUGUGGAGAAGAUAAGAGAUUCUGUUGAUAUUUGUAGGAUAUCUAUUAUGCCGUCAGAUAUUGAUGACGAAGAAAAUGAAGUAAUUCUCAAAAACGGAGAUAAUGACAGAAUAAACAUAAAAUUUGGAAGGCGAUCUACGAGUAUUUUUCCAGAAAUAACGGCAGAUCCUUCUCAUCCAAGCUUGUUAGAAAAAUUCAGCCAUAUCGAUUAUCGUAAUUGUCAAUGCGAUAACGUUAUCAGCCAUCUUUUCUGGAAGUUGCAUGAGCAUAUUGAGAAAAGUGGAGAAAUCGACAAAUUACUCGAGUUUUUUAUACAGUACAGCGCCGGAAUGAUCCAAAUUGCGCAACCUCUUUAUGCCAUUAAUUUGCUCUCGAUUGCCGCUGAAAGAAGUAAGGCCGUCGAAGUGGACGAGUGGAUUGAUGAGAACACAGAGGACAAUAUCACGAAUAAAGGAAUUAUUCUAGCUUUAAUGGGUGAUGCUCACAAUGCAUUAGGAAAUUAUGAUCAAGCUAAAAAAUACUACCUCUUGGCGGUGAAACUGCGAGGUACUCCACCUAAGGAGAAAGGCAUCUGUUAUAACAUAAAAAUGUUUUGUAAACUAUAUGCUCCUCCUCGUAGUUAUACAGUUGAUGAAAAAUCAAGUCAACUCGUUAUAAAAAAAUUGGAAUUGGCUUCGUACUUGCGACGUCUUUGCGUCGGAUUCAUAAUAGAAAACAAAUUGAAAAAGGCGCAGUCGUUUGCCUUGAGAAGUUUCAAGCUCGCGUUUCUAAACGUUAACAGUUUUCUAGAGAAAGGCGAAGUAUAUCUUGCAACAGUACGAGUUUUGCAUUGCACAAGAAACAUCAAGUUAAUACGACGUAUCGAAAGACUAAUGCUAAUCACAAUAAAGAGAAAAGCUAUCUGGAAUGAUGCCGAGGAAAUAACGAUGGUGGCAAAUAUUUAUCUAACGAUGUAUCAAAUUAGAGUAUUAAGAGGUAAAUUGGAAAAAGCCGUACUUAUAGGUAUAAAGGUCUUGAAAAUAUCUGAAACAUUGCAUCUUAGGAAACUGACUCUGAUUAUUAUGCCUUCAAUAAUUCAAAUAAUGCUAUGGACCAGACGUGUCAAUGAAGCUGUCGACUUGAUGCGAGAAUUAUAUUUUUUGGCAGACGAGGAUAUAGAUUUGUCAGCUAAGACAUGGUAUUAUGCUCUUUCUUUAGAUCUCAUGCUGGAUGCAGGAAUAGUAUUGGAAUUGUACGAGACAUCUUAUAACUAUUAUGUGAAAUUUAUUGCUUGCAGAUCCAAAUUUUGCGUAUGGCGUGACCCACAAAGCCUGUGUCGCUUAUUGACAGGUCUGUGGAUGUACCAGCUUAGAAUGUUUUACAAUAGGGGUCAAACGGUUCCUAAUGCAUUUGCAUGCAGUACGGAAAAAUAUGUGAAAAACGUCACUUGGGAUGAUUUUUCUCGAAUUCUUACUUGCAGCAAGGGACUCGAGUGUUACUUGCUGCUAUUGCUGCGUUGCAUCAAUACGAAGUACUCUAACGAGCUACAAGAUCUUGUUCAAGAUAUUUCCAAAAUUAGAAAAUGCCUCAAAAACAUUUCUAAAUACGCAAGAUUUAUAAAAUCACGUUUAUAUUUGUUGAUGGCAUAUUUGAAUGUUCUUCGGGGUCGCAAAUCGAGUACACGGAUCUAUUUGUAUGAAGCACGGAAAUUCGCGAUUUUACAAGAAAACCAAUUGAUGAAGGCAUGGAUUAUACAAAAUAGAAGGACGUGGAGGGAGAGAAUUUAUAAUAAUAUGGCGCGAUACUGGUUGGAAUACAUUGACUCGACAGAUAUCGUGCCUUGGCAAUAUAUUCGUAACUUUAACGUCGAUACGUGGUCUACUAUCCUUUAUCCUUUACCGGUGCCUAAUGCACACUUGUAACGAACAAUGAAAAGCACAAUCUCUCAUGUAGCAUAUUAUUCUCGUAUCUAUUGUAAUCCAUGAUUAUCUUCAUAGAUACUGGUUAAAAACGGAAAAAAGAUAUUCUAGCGAAAUAUGUAUUUAUUAAAGGCAUAUUACAUUUUUAUGUUCUAGAAGAUAAACACGACGAUCCCCUCGUGCGCACGAUCUUCGUGUCGAGGAAAUUUUUUCGAUUCUUUUCUAUUUUCCACAAAGUGACCUCCGCGCAUGAUCAAUCUCGAUCUCGUCGCGAGUUUCGCUUAAAUACGAACGUUUCCGGCGACCGAUGUUUACACUUACAUCUUGACGAUUAAUUAUUACGUAUUGCGAUUUAAUUAAUUGCUCUAUUUGGCCGAAUUUGGCCGAGUACGCCAAGGAUAUUUGCGAAUUCGAGAAAAAAGAAUGUAGAAAAUGAGAGAAAAAAAGAACAAAGUAGAAAAAGAUAGAAAUUGUGAGAGAG